AUGAAGGAUGAAGAGGAAGGAGUGAAGGAUGAAGAGGAAGGACUGAAGGAUGAAGAGGAAGGAGUGAAGGAUGAAGAGGAAGGACUGAAGGAUGAAGAGGAAGGAGUGAAGGAUGAAGAGGAAGGACUGAAGGAUGAAGAGGAAGGACUGAAGGAUGAAGAGGAAGAGGAAGGACUGAAGGAUGAAGAGGAAGGACUGAAGGAUGAAGAGGAAGGACUGAAGGAUGAAGAGGAAGGACUGAAGGAUGAAGAGGAAGGACUGAAGGAUGAAGAGGAAGGACUGAAGGAUGAAGAGGAAGGACUGAAGGAUGAAGAGGAAGGACUGAAGGAUGAAGAGGAAGGACUGAAGGAUGAAGAGGAAGGACUGAAGGAUGAAGAGGAAGGACUGAAGGAUGAAGAGGAAGGACUGAAGGAUGAAGAGGAAGGACUGAAGGAUGAAGAGGAAGGACUGAAGGAUGAAUGA